GUCGAUCUCGAACGAGGCCGCGGCGAAUCUCCGCUCGGCGGCCGCGCCUCCCGAGCCGGGCCGAGCGCGGCCCAAGGGCGGGAGCGUCGGACCCGACGGCGAACGCAAUGUGAUACUAAAUGAUAAAUAAACUAAUUAUUGUUUAGCGCGCGAUGCCAUGACGCGAGUGGAACGCGUCGCGAUCCGUGGGAAGUCGAGUCCGGCUCCGGCCACGGGUCGCGCUCUCGCGCUCUCGCGCUCUCGCGCUUCGGUUCUUCCCUCCUCGAGAACGUCGCUCCCCGUAAGGAAAUCCGGGCCAAGAGGUUAAGUUUUAAGCUACUUCCGAGCAGAGCGCGACUCUGCGUGCUUUCUUAGUGUUCAUAGGUUUACGAGAAAUAAAUUAAUUGACGGACAAUCGGGGCGCCUCGAUCCCUCGACCGAGCUUCCUUCCCGACGGGGCCCUGCACGAGGUCGCGACUCUAACGGAUCCGAGUCUCGUUCCGAUCGAGAGGAAAAAAUGAGAAAGCCGUUACGCGCGCGGCCCGAAAUCGGCCGACCGGUCUGCGUUUCGUCCCGAGCCUUGCCGGUUUACCGUUCGGGCGAUCGGCCCCGUUACCGGGCCGCGGAGGAGACUCGCGAAUCCAUCCUCGAAAUCGGCCUCGAGGCGCGCUCCCGUUAACGGACUCGAAAUUCCAAACUCGCGGCGGUCGAGAGGGCGUGCCAGGGGACCUGGGACCCGAGUCCCCGUGCCACGAGACGUAGACGAGUCCAGGUACCGUUCCGUUCUCGCGCCUCUUGGAGGCGGUCUUUGGAGGCGGGCGGGAGAGGGACCGCGAGAAGGGGCCGCCGGCGUAUAUAAAAGGCCCCGAGCGUCGUCGGGCCCAAGGUCCCCGCCGCCGAACGGAGUCGCCAUGCUGACCAAGAUCGUCCUCGUCCUGUCGGCCCUGGCCCUGGCCAGGGCGCAGAUCCCCAGCCUGGGAUGGUGCCCCGAGUACGUGCCGAUGGCCGACUUCGACAUGAAUCGGGUGAGUCCCGCCCCGCGUCCGUCGCGGCUCCGUUCCAACAGGACCACGAGAACGGAUCGUCCUUGGUUUCAGUUCCUGGGAGUCUGGUACGAGGCCGAGAGGUACUUCCAGCUGUCGGAGGUGGUGUCGCGGUGCGUCAUGGCCAACUACACGACGACGGCCGACGGCAAGUUCCGCGUGAGCAACGAGGUCAUCAACAGAUUCACCGGCGUCAAGAGAAUCCUCGAGGGCGAGAUCAAGCCGUCGCCCUCGAAGGCGGAGGAGGGCAAUCUCCGUGUCAAGUACACGACGAUCCCGCUGACCCCGGAGACCCAGUACUCGGUGCUCGAGACGGACUACGACAACUACGCGGUGCUCUGGAGCUGCUCCGGCAUCGGGCCGGUCCACACGCAGAACGCCUGGCUCAUGACGCGGCAGCGGCUGCCCUCCGGGGAGGUCCUGCAGAAGGUACGUCGCGAUUCGAGCCCGAGUGGCUUCCGUUUGCCCCCCUACCUACCGACCUUCCGCUUCCGCGCAGGCCUACGGGGUCCUGGACAAGUACAAGAUCUCCAAGACGUUCUUCGUCAAGACGGACCAGGAAGACUGCGCCUACUUGGCCUCGCUGCCGGAGUCGUCGAGCAAGUCGCCCGCCCCCGCACCCUCGCAGCCCGAGACCGCGGCCCAGGAGGAACGCCGGCGCCCCGGCCCCGGCCCCGGCGCCGCAGACGGAGGCCUGAACUCGCCCGAACCGGCCUAACCUAACCCGGCCGACCGCGGGCGAUUAUUUAUAUAUUUAUUUCUCGGCUCGAGGCGAGCGGCCCCGGAGCGCGAUCGGGGAGGCAACGAAUGUACAAAAAAGAAAACGCGUUAAAAUAAAUCAUUAAGCGAAACCACCCGGCAUCGCGCCUUUUCCGUUGCACGUUCCCUCCGUGUCUCGCGACGUUUCGCGGCCGGCCGCCAAGAAAAAUGGCCGAGGAGCGGUCCAAGUCCGCGGGGCCGGACUUUUCGUUCGACCGCGGACGAGUUUCUUGACCCGGCGCGGCCGUCCCGUUAGUGACCCACUCGUCGAGGCGAGCGUUCCUCCGGCUCGACUUGCUCGAGUCGCCUCGACGACCGGCCAGUCGUCCGCGGACGCUUUCCAAGAGAAUAU